AUGGAACUCAGUAGUGAUUGUGACGAUGAUGGUAGAAUGGAGCUCAGUAGUGAUUGUGAUGGUGAUGGUGAUGGUAGCAUGGAGCUCAGAAGUGAUGCUGAUGGUAGCAUGGAGCUCAGUAGUGAUGGUGAUGGUGAUGGUAGCAUGGAGCUCAGAAGUGAUGCUGAUGGUAGCAUGGAGCUCAGUAGUGAUGGUGACGAUGAUGGUAGCAUGGAGCUCAGUAGUGAUUGUGAUGGUAGAAUAGAGCUCAGUAGUGAUGGUGAUGCUGAUGGUAGCAUGGAAGUCACUCUAGUGAUGGUGAUGGUGAUGGUAGCAUGGAACUCAGUAGUGAUUGUGAUGGUGAUGCUCAGUAGUGAUGGUGAUCGUGAUGGUGAUGGUAGUAUGGGGCUCAGUAGUGAUGGUGAUGCUGAUGGUGAUGCUGAUGGUAGCAUAGAGCUCAGUAGUGAUUGUAAUGGUAGAAUAGAGCUCAGUAGUGAUGGUGAUGCUGAUGGUAGCAUGGAAGUCAGUAGUGAUGGUGAUGGUACCGUAGAGCUCAGUAGUGAUUGUGAUGCUGAUGGUAGCAUAGAGCUCAGUAGUGAUUGUGAUGGUAGCAUGGAGCUCAGUAGUGAUGCUGAUGGUAGCAUGGAACUGAGUAGUGAUGGUGAUGAGCUCAGUAGUGAUGGUGAUGCUGAUGGUAGCAUGGAAGUCAGUAGUGAUGGUGAUGGUGAUGGUAGCAUGGAACUCAGUAGUGAUUUUGAAGGUGAUGGUAGCAUAGAGCUUAGUAGUGAUGGUGAUGUUAGCAUGGAGCUCAGUAGUGAUGGUUUAUGGUAG